AGAUGAGCCCCUUGGGGCUGUUCCCGUGCUGACAGCCUGAGGCGUGCCCCCCGCACCCGCCGUGCCUGCCACCCGCCAUGUCCCAGAUGUUGCACAUUGAGAUCCCCAACUUCGGGAACACUGUGCUGGGCUGCCUGAACGAGCAGCGCCUGCUGGGCCUCUACUGCGAUGUGUCCAUCGUGGUCAAGGGCCAGGCCUUCAAGGCCCACCGUGCCGUGCUGGCCGCCAGCAGCCUCUACUUCCGGGACCUGUUCAGCGGCAACAGCAAGAGCGCCUUCGAGCUGCCAGGCACGGUGCCACCCGGCUGCUUCCAGCAGAUCCUGUCUUUCUGCUACACGGGCAAGCUGACCAUGGCGGCCAGUGAGCAGCUCGUGGUCAUGUACACGGCUGGCUUCUUGCAGAUUCAGCACAUAGUGGAGCGAGGCACCGACCUCAUGUUCAAGGUGAGCUCGCCCCACUGCGACUCGCAGACCGCCAUGAUCGAGGACGCCAGCUCCGCGCCCCAGAGCCCCUGCAACCAGCUGCAGCCCGCCACCGCCACGUCCUACGUUGUGUCCCCCUCGGUGCCCAUCCCGCUGCUGACCCGCGUGAAGCAUGAAGCCAUGGAGCUGGCGCCGGCCGCUGGCCCCAACCUGGUCCCCAAGCGCCCACUGGAGACAGGGCCCCGGGACGGUGUGGCAGUGGCCUCGGGCGCCGCGGUGGCAGCCGGUGCUGCCCCUCUCAAGCUGCCCCGAGUCUCCUACUACGGGGUGCCCAGCCUGGCCACCCUCAUCCCCAGCAUCCAGCCGGUACCCUACACCCAGGGCGAGAGGACCAGUCCAGGGGCCAGCAGCCUGCCCACCACCGACAGCCCCACCUCCUACCACAACGAGGAGGAUGACGAGGACGACGAGGCCUACGACACCAUGGUGGAGGAGCAGUACGGCCAGAUGUACAUCAAAUCCACCGGCAGCUACUCAGUGCAAGAGAAACCAGAGCCCGUGCCCCUGGAAAGCCGUUCCUGUGUCCUCAUCCGGCGCGACCUGGUGGCCCUGCCCGCCAGCCUCAUCAGCCAGAUCGGGUACCGCUGCCACCCUAAGCUCUACUCAGAGGGCGACCCCGGCGAGAAGCUGGAGCUGGUGGCAGGUUCUGGGGUCUACAUCACGCGUGGCCAGCUGAUGAACUGUCACCUGUGUGCGGGGGUGAAGCACAAGGUCCUGCUGCGGAGGCUCCUGGCCACCUUCUUCGACAGGAACACGCUGGCCAACAGCUGCGGAACAGGCAUCCGUUCCUCCACCAGCGACCCCAGCCGCAAGCCGCUCGACAGCCGAGUCCUGAACGCUGUGAAACUGUACUGCCAGAACUUCGCGCCGAGCUUCAAGGAGAGCGAAAUGAAUGUGAUUGCGGCAGACAUGUGCACCAACGCGCGCCGCGUCCGUAAGCGCUGGCUGCCCAAGAUCAAGUCCAUGCUGCCCGAGGGUGUGGAGAUGUACCGCACGGUCAUGGGCGCCUCGGCCGCCAGCGUGCCCCUCGACCCCGACUUCCAGCCCGCCACCGCUGCCCAGGUGUUCGAACAGCGCAUGUUUGCCGAGCGCCGAGGCGACGCCGCUGCCAUCGUGGCUCUGAGGACGGACACCGUGAAUGUCGAUCUGGGCGCUGUCUCCACUGCUAACCCCGCCUUCGAGGCCAGCGAGGAGGCCGACGGGGCCGGCUCGGUCAUCCAGGAGGUGGCCGCCCCCGAGCCCCUGCCCAGCGACGGCCAGAGCCCGCCGCAGCCUUUCGACCAGGGCAGCACCAGCUCCAGCCGGCCCGAGACGCCGGCCCGGAGACCGGAGGCGGCCAGCUACGCGGGGACUUUGUAAGGGCGAACGGUUGAGCGAGCGAGCGAGCGGGGAGGCGCGGCCGCGGGCUCGGAAGGACCUCAGCACUAGAGCUGCUUGCAUGCAAUACUAAUCCAGACCAGUGCGUUUGAGCCACACCCCUGAACUGCUACUGUUGCCUGAAACCAACGUGACUCUAUCCUGCCUGUAUUUAAACCUUACGAAGGAAA